GGAAAUGACAGCGUUGUUCCAAAAGUACGAGUAGGUGGCGGUAAAUAAUGCACAUAAACCCCGAAGAAGAACACGGUUGUGCCGUUUCAUGAUUGGUCCUUUGCUUCCACGUUCAAAAGUCGAGCGCGGACGACGAACGAGAGAGCUGCGGGAUUGUCGUAAACUCGCCAAAAGCGGACGCGCAUUUCGGCCCAGGUGAUGGAGUCAUGUUUUGCUGGCGCCAAACUGGAGAGGGUCGGCCCUGUGGAGGUGGACGACAUCAAGCAAGACCUCCUGGAUGAAUUCUCUGCUCUGCCAAAGCAGCGGGUCGUGCGCAUCGGUCCUCAGGAUGAAACCGAGAGCCGGUCGGAGAACCUGCGGGUCUACCUGAGGGUUCGACCUUUGACGGGAGCAGAGAGCGGACGGUCACAGGACUGCGUGGUCAUCGAGGGACCUCACACUGUGGUCCUCAAAGCUCCCAGGAGCGGGCAGUCCAACAGGCAGGCUGACAAGGUCCCUCCACAAACUGGUCAGAGGUUCACCUUCACCCAGGUGUUUGGCCCGGACGCCAGUCAGAGGAAAGUGUUUGAAGGAUCCGUUCGUGGUUUGGUGCGAGAUGUUCUGCACGGAGAAAACUGCCUGCUGUUCACAUACGGGGUCACCAACGCCGGGAAGACCUUUACCUUCCUCGGUCCAGAACACGACGGCGGCCUGCUGCCACGCUGCCUCUGGCUGCUCUUCAACAGCGUAGAAGGUCGUCUGCACGCCGGCUGCCAUCUGAAGCCUCACCGCUGCCGAGACUUCAGCCGACUGAGUCCGAAGCAGCAGAAAGCCGAGAGUACCGCCAAGCUGAGUCUGCUGAGGACCGUCCGAGAGAAUGACAAAAGUACCUCCUCUGGCAGAUCAACUUUUCUUGAAGCCUCGUCUCUGAGCUCCGACUACAGCGUCGCCAGCGUAUCGGAGAGCGACAGGCUGUCUCUGGACGCCCCGCCCCGCCUUCACUUUUCCGUCUGGGUUUCCUUCUGUGAGAUUUACAAGGACAACAUUCACGACCUUCUGGAGCAGGUCCCGGGAGGACAGGUCAAGAGGACGACGCUGCGUCUGUCUCAGGAUGUCAAAGGAAAUCCCUUCAUCAAAGACCUGAAGUGGGUCCAGGUGAGCAGCUCCGAAGAAGCCUUGAAAGUGGUGAAGAUCGGCAAGAGGAACCAAAGCUUGGCCUCCACCAGACUCAACCAGCAAUCCAGCAGGAGCCACAGCAUCUUCUCCAUUAGGAUCCUGCGGGUCGACGCCGCCGCCGUCCCCAGGUUCCUUGGCGUCAGUGAGCUGGUGUUGUGCGACCUAGCCGGCUCGGAGCGAUGCUCGCGCACACGCAACACGGGCGAGCGCCUCAAGGAAGCGGGGAACAUCAACAGCUCGCUUCUGGCGCUCGGCAAGUGCAUCAGCGCCAUGAGGAUCAAGCAGAACGCAAAGUUCGCGCAUCACGUUCCCUUCAGGGAGUCCAAGCUGACCCACUUCCUUCAGUUCUUCUUCUGCGGCGCCGGCAAGGUGUCCAUGGUGGUCAACAUCAACCAGGAGUCAUCCUGCGCCGACGAGACGCUCAACGUCCUCAAGUUCUCCGCCCUGGCGCAGAAGGUGGUGGUGUUGAACCCGAGGUCCGCCGGCCCGGACGGCGCCUCGCUCAGGUCGGCCAUGGAAGUGUCGGUCCUCAUCAACGAGGCCGACUGGCGCCGCAACGCGCUGGUGCGCAGCCGCCCACACUCCACGCUUGUCUGGGAGACGACGCUGGAGGACGUGAUGGAAGACGAUGCUGAGGAAGAGGACGUGGUGGCAGGAGAGGAUGAGGACGCGGAGGAAACCACACAGGAGGAAGGCGACGAGGGGCAGCCGGACGGGGAGGCGACCUUUGGCUUGGCUGAGGAGGCUCGAAUCAGAGAAGAAGUGUGUGCCGAGUUCAUGGAGAUCUUCAAGCAGAUGGAGAAGGACUUCAGCGAGCGUCUGAAGAAUGAGCGAGAGAUCCUGGAGGAACGAGCCGACAGGAGGCUGGAGAUCCUCAAGAACCUCCUCAGACGGAGCACCCAGGAGGAGGAGGAGGAAGAAGGGCAGGCGAGGAGGGCGUGGCUUCCGGGGGGAGACCACAGCUUGAUCUCGCCGCAAGUGCUGCUGGCCAAUCGGGAGCGGGCCAACCACGAAGAGGGGCAGGAGGACCAAGAGGACGACAACACGGGAAAGCAUCCUGGUGAUCCUGAAAGGGGGAUCCUUCCAUCUGUGGUCCCUUCUCAAGCCAAGGAGGGCGAGUGCAGCAAGUCGUCAUCGGCGCGGCGAUCUCGUCGACUGGCGCGAGGCAACCAAAUGUUCGUCGACCAAAUCUCUGCGUUGCAGGUACAGGUCAGCUCCCUGGAACGGGACUUGCAACAGGAAAGGGAGCGCGCGGCGGCUGCCGAGGACAAACUGACCACGGCAGAGACCCGCCUGCGGCGCCUCGAGGGCCGACGGGACGCCGGAGCCGAGGAGGGCAAAGCCCAGAGCGACUUCCACGCCAACAUGGCCCGACUACGCAAGGAGUGCCUGUUGGCCACGGAGACCUGCGCCCAGCAAUCUAAAGUCAUCCGGGAAGUGACGCAAGAAAAGAUGCGCUGCGACAGGAAGUGUGAGCAGCUCACCGAGGAACUGGCCAAUCAGAAAGCGGAAUACGAGCACCAGCUGCAGGAGCUGAUGGCGGAGCUUGAACGACGAAGAACGAUGGAGGAGGAAGGUGAGCGACGGCAAGAACCGAAGUGUGUCGAGGUCCCGGUGCGGCGGUGUCAGGAGAAAUUAGCACAGAAAGAGAACAAGAAGCCCAAGGAGAGCCCGGCGCCCGGGAGGCUGCCCCUGGUGGAGGAGCUGCAGGAGGAAAUCCAGAAGGUACGAGCGGUGAGGAAAAGGACAAACUGCCAAGUGGAGGGUUUGGCGUUGAGCGACAACAAGCGAGCAAACGUGAGGACGGUGACGCAGGAGGCGCCGUUCUCCUCCAGCCAGUCCAGCCCGUCUCCGCCCUCGGCACCGCCAUCACUCUCCGUCCCGAGCGGCGCGGCUCAAAGCCUCUGCAGACGCCCUGUCACCAUGGCAACCCAAGCCAAGCGAGGCUGCAGGAAGCUUUACAGCAAGGAAGCGGCCCCGAUGCUUACCGUCUCACCGGACUCGGCGACGCUGCUCGAGGAACCGAAGGAAAAGGAAAGCGAUCACGUGAUCAUCAUGCGGCGGCUGCGUUCCCGCAAGUGAUGGUGGAUGCUUGAGAUGUUGUCACACUGUUGUUGUUGUUGUUGUUAGAAAAGCAAGGAAAUAAAAAACUCAUCCAAUAA